AUGUCCUACGGCAAAUCCCUUGCAUUGAGCCAGAAUUCCUUUGUCCGGCCUCCCACCCCCGAUGUUGUCGAAGCCCAGGAACAAGAUGAGUUCGGCGCCAGGCGACAGAAGCGACAAGCGACAGUUUAUGAUGCCGUUGCCGGUCGGGUGAACCAUCAUGGCUUUCUGCCUUCCGCCCCAUUCUCUUCCAAAUACCGCGAUACCGCAUCUUCCAGCACUCGUCCAGUCCGCCCGGAGGAAGUUCUUUUCCGUCGACAAAACGCCCCGCAGCGCUACGAAGAAAACGAUUUCUACUUUGCUCAUGAGGCCCUCCCGCCCGGCUGCCCCCUACCCAGCUCCGAGCUGCUCGAGGCCAUUCACGCAUAUUCGGCCGACUACUAUGACCAUGCGACGAUCGACGGAGGACGGGAUGAUUACCAGAGCAUGGACGAGACAGCGUUGAUAGCCAUGGGGAUUCUGAUGGAGGAAAUGGCCAAGGAAUCUCUGGGUGAAACCGGAGACAUGGUGCUCGUGGAGGGAGAGGAAAUUCCGACCGACGAAUUACCAUUAGUCCCUCAGCUUAGCCGAACUAUGGGCCGCAAAAGAGCAAAUACCGGCCAGAGUAGUACGAUGGCGAGCUCGGGUGAUGAAUUAGAAAGCGUGGUGGUGAAUAAGAGGCGGCCAAAGAAGCGCAAGUUGGGUCGGAAAAUGACGUCUGCAGCUGAGCUGGAUAUGGAAGAUGAUGAGAGGUGCGGGAUCAAAGAUCUCAUCUUUCAGCAAGCCACUAGAUUAAGCUGCAUUUGGCUCGUGGGUACAGCAAGCUUGUCUCAGCUCCAGCCAGGUCCUUACUUUCGACUGUCCAAUCCAGGCAGCAAUAAGAAGCACCAUGUCUUUGCUUCCUAUACGAUCAGUCACCUCGUUCAGCCCUGGUCAACAUCACGAGCCAGAGCCCUAUGCAUGUUGCACAUCGCAAAUCUUAGCCCGCGAUCAUCGUCGACCCGGCGCCGCCAAGACCUUGGCUGUUGCAUCUGCUGGAAUGCCGUUGAACCUUGA